AUGUUCCGGCGGAGCCGAUCCCGCGCCCGCCUUCUGUCCUGCCCCGGGAGAAGCGCCGCCCGCUCCGGCCUCGCCGCCGCCCGAGCUCGAGUCGCCGGCCGCCGGAGCAGCGCUACCCAGCCGCUAGGCCCGCACCGAGGCGGGCAGGAGUGCCGGGCCCCUCGCGGCUCCGGGCUCGGGCCGUGGCGGCGGCGGCCCCGAGCGAUGGAGGGGCAGAUGGCGGGGCUGUACGACCUGGGGCGCCGGCUGGGCAGCGGCCACUUCGCGGAGGUGCGGCUGGCCCGGCACGUCUUCACGGGCGAGCGCGUGGCCGUCAAGGUGAUCGAGAAGGGCCGGCUGGGCGGCGCGGCGGCGGCGCGGCUGCGGCGCGAGGUGGGCUGCAUGAAGCUGGUGCAGCACCCCAACGUGGUGCGCCUCUACCAGGUGCUGGAGACGCCGGCCCGGCUCUACCUGGUGCUGGAGCUGGGCGACGGCGGGGACCUCUUCGACCUGCUCACGCGGCGCCCGGGCGGUCUGGCGGAGGCGCGGGCCAAGGGCUACUUCGCCCAGGUGGUGCACGCCAUCGCCUACUGCCACCGGCUGCACGUGGUGCACCGCGACCUCAAGCCCGAGAACGUGCUCUUCUUCCAGCGGCAAGGGGUGGUCAAGCUCACCGACUUCGGCUUCAGCAGCUGCUUCCAGCCGGGCACCAUGCUGGCCACCAGCUGCGGCUCCCUGGCCUACUCGGCCCCCGAGAUCCUGCUGGGCGAGGAGUACGACGCCCCCGCCGUGGAUAUCUGGAGCUUGGGUGUCAUCCUUUAUAUGCUGGUCUGUGGACAUCCCCCUUUCCAGGAGGCCAACGACAGCGAGACCCUGACCAUGAUCCUGGACUGUCGCUAUGUGAUACCAUCGGGCAUCUCCAUCCUGUGUGCAGACCUUAUUGCCCAGAUGCUGCAACGGGACCCCAAGCAAAGAGCGUCCUUGGAGCUAAUUGAAAACCACCCGUGGCUCCAGGGGGUGGACCCCUCCCCAGCCAGCCGCUCUCUUCUGCCGCUGACAUCGCACAGGAGGGUUUUGGCGGAGGAGCACGAGACCAUCAUCCAGACCAUGAUGUGUGGCCACAUUGCAGACCGAGAAACCAUCGAGGAAUCCCUGGAGGCCAAGCGCUACAAUCACAUCACUGCCACCUACUUUCUGCUGGCUGAACGGAUUCUGCGCGAGAAGCAGGAGAAGCAGAGCCUGGCUGAGCAGCUCCAGAGCAGGCAAGCCCCCCUUGGCCCUCCGAGCGCUGGUCUGGCUGAGUCCUGUCCCCCUCUGCCCACAGAGCUGCCCCCAGCCACCAAGAGCGCUCUGGAAAAUGUCGCUGCGGAGUUUGCCGGGAAGCCUCUCCUCUCCCGCUCAGCCUCCAGCGAGGGCAGGUCCUCUUCCAGCUUCCACAGAUGCGGGCAGCCUCUCCGAGCCCUCAUCCAGCCCUGCCUCCUGGAGACAGGCAUUGCCAAGAGCACCCUCGCCUUGCAGCAGAUUUCGGAGGAGGAGGAGGAGGAGGAGGAGGAGGAGGCAGAAGGGAAGCCGGGGCUCUCUCGACGGCGGACCUCCUCCUUGAACCAAGAGCAGAUGAGCCGCUUCCAGAGCACCACGUCAUCGUCCCUGCUCUUCUGCCGGGCCCUUGCGGCCCACUACAAAGCGGGGAAGAGCCUCAUCCCUGCACAGGCCAAGUCCUCCUGCCCUGAGACCGCUCCGCCAGCUCCGCUGGAGCAAGCAUCCCCGAGCAGCCAGCCAGGGACAGGCCGAGCCCCCCAGAUGGAGGAGCCAGGCAGCAGCCUCAGCUUACAAGUGGGGGGAAGGUCUGCUGAACCCCCGGAGGAAGCUACCCCACUAGACAGCCGGGGAGGGGGCACUGUUAGACCAGGGCUGGAGCUUGGCCAAAUUGAGCCCCUCCUGGCAGAGGAAGAGAGCGGCCUUCUUCCAUUGAGGGAAGGAGAUCCUGUCGAGGAGGAGCUCUUGGAGGCUGGGGAGGAGAGCCCCCAGACCCAGAGCACCACAGCUCUUCUGCAGGGCGGCUGUACCCCAGGAACGCCUGGAACCGAUGUGAUGCCGGGAGCAGAGGGCAAGGGCCUGGAGCUGGGGCCUCCCCACUGGGCCAAAGCCUGCUGCGAUGGCCAGAGCAAUGGCAGCGGCCAUGACAGCCUCGCAGACAGCAUCAUCAAGCUGGAUCCAGCCAAAGGCAAGAACGCUAACCUAAAGGAUCGGCUCCUGCAGUUCCCGCUCUGUGAAAAGGCCCUGGCCUUCCGGAUGCAGCCCAGCUCCAGGGAGAGCCUGCUGUCCUUGGGGCAGUUCAACUGCUGCCACGUCAUCUAG